CCUUCUCCCUCCUCUCUCUUUCAAACUUUCCGCUCUCCCAUGGCUGACUACUCCCGAGCAGCUAUCUCUCUCUCCCAACCCCACUCCUCCUCCGAUGACUCCUCCGACCACACCUCCCCUCAUCCCCCAACCUCCGAUUCUUCCUCCAAAACCAAAACCAUUCACAACACCACCGCCGCCACCAAGAUGACUCAUAUUGACCACCACCAGCAGAUUAUUCAAACCCCUUCCGAUAACACCCCAAGAAGACCUCGAGGAAGACCUCCCGGCUCCAAGAACAAGCCCAAACCCCCCAUUGUCAUCACCAAAGAUACUGACUCAUCCGUGAAACCAGUCAUCCUCGAGAUAUCCGCUGGGGCGGAUGUUAUUGAUCAUAUCAUCAACUUCGCCAGAAGAAACCUCGCUGGUAUUUCGAUAAUGAGCGCUUCGGGUUCUGUCUCUAAUGUCACUCUCUGUCAACCCAUUUCGCAUGCUCCUUCACUCUCUUUACAUGGACCCUUUAAUCUUCUUUCACUCUCGGGCUCUUAUUUAACGCCUUCUCUGAGUACUGGUGGUGCUGCUUCUUCUUCGCCUUCUUGUUGUUUCGGUGUAACUCUUGCAGGGGCGCGAGGGCAGGUGUUCGGAGGGUUAGUGGCGGGGAAAGUGACGGCGGCAAGUCAAGUGGUGGUGGUUGCAGCCACGUUCUCCAAUCCUUCUUUUCAUAGUUUGCCUGCUUCUGAUGAAACUGAACAAAACUAUCACCAUCAACAACACCAUCAGGAGAUUAAACCGAACGAGCCUUCUUCGAGCGCGGGGAAGUCUAUGCCGGUGUACGGUGUGGCUGUCACUAGCCCUACACCACUCAAUUGUCAGAUGUCUCCCAAUGUCAUGCAUUGGGGUCCGCCUUCUCGUUCUCCUUACUAAAAAACAUGUCCUUUUUGGUUAAUGUUGAGUUUUUUAGCUGCUGUUGUUGUAGUUUGGUUUUGUUUUAUGUGACUUUUUCUUUAUUCUCUGUGGUUUACUUUAUUUUGUCUUCCAGUUUCACAAAAGAUUGCAUGCCGGCCUCUGUGAACUGUGAUGGCCUGAAGGGUGUGUAGUGCUUGGUCUUCUCCUCUCUUCUGAUCUCUCGAUGUUACUGUUACUUGUUUUUUGAUAAGCCCGAGUGACCUGAAAUUAGCCUGAUGUAAUGUCAGUUUC